CCAAUUUCCCCACUCACUCAUGAAACUCGCCGCCUCCGCCUCCGCCUCCGCCUAGCUCCCCACCCGAUAGAGAAAAAUCAUGCCAUCUCGCUCGAUCCCCUCGCCGGAGCAAACCAUUCAUCUCGACAGUAAGGAAACCACUUCCUCCGUCCUCCCUCCCUCGCCAUCUCCCCUCUCCCACCACCACCACCACCACCACCACCGACUCUCUCCCCGCCAACUCCUCCCCCCGCUCGGCGCCGCCACCGUGGCGUUCUCCUUCCUCCUCAUCUUCGCCGCCUGCUACCGCAAGCUUACCCAGAAGCGGACCGUGCCCACCGACUCCAAGCCCCCUCACCGCUUCCCCCACUCCACGCUCCGCCGCGCCACCAACAACUUCUCCCCUGCGCUCCGCCUCGGCCAGGGCGGUUUCGGGUCAGUCUUCCGGGCCGCCCUGCCCGAUGGGCACCUCGUCGCGGUGAAAGUGAUGGACUCCGGGUCGCUUCAGGGGGAGAGGGAGUUUCAGAACGAGCUCUUCUUCGCCUCCAAGCUCGACUCGCCUUACGCUGUGACCGCCCUAGGGUUCUCCGCCGACAAGAAGCGGAAGACGAUGCUGCUGAUCUACGAGCUAAUGCCCAACGGGAAUUUGCAGGACGCGCUGCUCCAUCGGAAGUGCCCCGAGCUGUUUGAGUGGAAGAAGAGGUUCAGCGUCGCCGUGGAUGUCGCUAGGGGGUUGGAGUAUCUUCACUCGUUGGAUCCGCCGGUGAUUCACGGAGAUGUGAAGCCUAGCAAUGUUCUGCUGGACCAGUUCUUCUCGGCGAAGAUUGCGGAUUUCGGUUUGGCUUGGACGAAGAUGGAGGAAGGGAAUCAGGGAAAUUCGGCUGAGAAUCAGGUCGUCCCAGAAAAGAGGAACGGCGAAUUGGAGAUGAAGAAGGUCGAAUUGGAGAGCAGUAACGGCGCGGUGGUGGCAGCGACGGAAGAUUGUGGAUCUGUGAUGGAAACCGAGAGCGUGACUACCGCAGGGUUUGAGGAAUUUAGUUUGGGGAUCGACCAGUCGCCGGAGAGCGUUUUCAGGGGUCCGGUCUCCCUGACGUCGCCAGAGACAGCGGAGGCCGUCAGCCCAGCGACGGUCGGGGUACCCAUCUCCCCGCCAGAGGUAAUUGUGAAUAUUGAUAAAGUUAGUGUAGCUAGCGGGAAAGAAGGGGACUGUAAAAAGAGUGGGAAAGCAGCAAAGAGUGGUAAAGAUUGGUGGUGGAAACAGGACAAUGGCCCGGCCGCGGUAGCGGCAGCGAACGUGCCGGUGAAAGACUAUGUAAUGCAGUGGAUUGGAACAGAGAUCAAAAGGGAAAGACCCAGCAGCGAAUGGAUUUCAGCUCCAUCCACCAGCAAGCAACCGAUUACCAAAAUCAGCAAGAAGAAGGAACGCAGGCGAUUAGAUUGGUGGGUAUCACUCGACGAGGAGAAGGAAAAGAAGAUUCUUAAAAAGGAAAGGAAAAGGGCGCCAAGGGAAUGGUGGAAAGAAGAGUACUGCGAAGAGCUGGAGAAGAAGAAGAAGAAGCAGAAGAAGAAGGAACGAGAAAUGGGCAUUGUACAGGGCAACUCCGCUGAAGAUUGGUGGCCUGCAGGGGACGAAGAAUCAUACGCCGGAGGAAAGAGGAGGAAAAAGAACAACAGAAGCAGAGGCAGCCAUGAUUGGUUCAGCGGCGAGCUCUUCAGAGGCCGAUUUAACAGCCACGACUCGCUCAGCGGAGACAUAGCAAUCCCCAAGAGCGGCGGAGUCAGCAGCACGCCAAGCAUGCGAGGAACAGUCUGUUACGUGGCGCCAGAGUACGGCGGAGGCGGGGAUCUGUCUGAGAAAUCCGAUGUCUACAGCUUUGGAGUUCUGCUCUUGGUUGUGAUGGCAGGAAGGCGGCCCCUUCAGGUGACGAAUUCGCCAAUGUCGGAGUUCCAGCGAGCUAACCUGAUACAUUGGGCUCGAAACCUGGCUAGAUCCGGGAAGCUGAUCGAUCUGGUGGAUGGAUCGAUACGAGGUUUGGAUCGCGAGCAAGCCACAUUAUGCGUCACGGUGGCUCUGCUCUGCUUGCAGAAGUCUCCGGCUGCUCGGCCGUCGAUGAAGGAGGUUGUUGGGAUGUUGAGCGGUGGUGUUGAGGUUCCUGCCUUGCCUAUCGAGUUCUCGCCGUCGCCUCCUUCAAGGUUUCCAUUCAAGUCCAAACAGAGGAAGAAGGGGAGCUUAAACAGUGAUAAGCCAUUGUAGAUUAUUGUUUUUGUUUGUUUUCUUCUUUCCACUCUUUGAUUUCAGUGUAUAGAAAAAGAAAGAUCCUUUUUGACUUUACAAUGAACCAUUGAGCGUUAUGAUGAAUGAAACAGAGGGAAAGGGGAAAUGGAACUGCGGAAUGAUGGUGCCUGUGGGGAAAGGGAGAGAAGGGGUCGUGAAGAGAAAUGAUUGAUGAAAAGCUGGAAAGGGAGAGAAGGGGUCGUGAAGAGAAAUGAUUGAUGAAAAGCUUGCGGUAGUGAUGCACAGAAUGUUGAGCAAAUGAUGGGGGUUUCUCUUUUGGGACAUGGGAGGCUCCAUUGAUUAUCAUUGUUGGAUUUUAGAAGAUUCGAUUAGGAUGGAGUGGCUUCCUUUUCUCUGUUGCAGGGUGAUCCUUUUGGAUUACUGGGUAGGGCGCCAAACUUAGCACUCUUGCGCCAAAUUGCCAACACUUUGAUCUUUGGAUUAAGCUCGGGCUUUGGUUGGAGUGGGCACGCCUGUGAUCUGUUGUCUCCAUCCAUUUGCCUGGCAGCCGAACUGUCAACUUCUCGAACUUGGGUUCGUACUUCUGGCUCACCGUCCUCGGCGUUGAUGGGUACAUGAGACGGCGAUUGAGGCUUGGCAUGAUCAUCCGACGAACUGCUGGGAAAUGACUGUCCAAAUUCAUCCCCUUCCUACCUAAGCUACGAAGUGGGUGAAGAUGAAAAGUUGAUUUUGUCCUGUUAUUUGUUUCAGAAGCCAGUUCAGUGAAAUGUCUUCUUCCGUUGAUGAUAAUCGGGUUUGCACUGAAUACAACUGCGAGAAAACC